ACAUAGCAGCAUUGUGCAUUUACAGUAAAAAUGGAUAUGGUCUCUAUGGAUGCUACUAAGUUUCUUAGAUAAACACAGUUUAGUUUGCAUUUUGUAUCUUACUGUCUAAUUUUGCUUCGCCCUUUUCCUCUUUAUUCUCUUUAACAUCUCUUUAAUAUAUGUUGUUUCCUGUAUUUCUUUAAUUGAGAAAAAGACUGUAUAAAGUGAUGUACUCAGGUGUCUCUCUUAAUAACUGGCUGGUCUGCAGGAGUCUGUCACAGUGUCACACAAGUACAUAAAUGAAACCAUCACAUGAAUAAAUCUAGAAGUUCCAUGCAGACAGUCAUCAUCAUUAUUACUGAAAACUGUAACUUGAAAGUGUUUUAUUUCUCUGACAGAUGAACAAAGGACCUCUGUAUGUUCAUUGUAACUCACAUUUCACUGAUAACACCGUUAUCUUCUCUUGUUCUUCAAUAUUUGAAUGUUCAGAUAGGCUUGUGGGUCCGCUUACUGGGGGUUGGUCUAAUUUCUCCCUUUAAAAAUCUUCCUUCUGACUGUUCGUUGCACUGACGCCUACAACCAGAACACACUGGGAGAACAACGGAGGACAGCAACAGUGUCCAUCUGACAUCAGUCACUACAGAGACGUCACUCCUCGACCCCCUCUGUCACCUCUGGAUCCAUUAAUGGCAUCAUGGGCCCCGAAACCACCAUUCCCAGGUCUCUUCUUCCUUUGGGCAGCAGCUGUGAAGAUGGCUGGUCCUUACUGGGUUUCUGUAGCGGUCGUUGUUUUGAUGACCGUUAGAAACGGUGCGACUGUUAUUGACCCAAACCAGCUCGCACCAAUUGUACAAGAAAUUCUGAACAGGUACACACCAAGCUACAUUGGUGCAGACGGCAACAGAAAGUUCCCCAUGUUCAGUGUGGCUGUGAGCGUCCCACUCAAUAAAGACAAGUUUGAUAUGAGCAAAGUCACUGAUGAUGGUGAAGCUGUGAGGACGAAGAUUCUAAACUGUGAUGUAUACAUAGGUAACAGAGUGGUGGCAGCCACAGUGCUGAGAUGGCGCAAUGUUCUCUAUCAGUGUCCUAAUGAACGUGUACAGUGGCGUGAUGUCCCAAAAAAAUGUAAUAGAAAGGAGAUAAAUACAUGGGCUGAUAUUGACAAAUUUUGUGAUGUACAAUCUAUUGAAAGAAUUCUGUUUGCUCAGGCUGCUCAUGCUGAGUCCCGAACCCUGGACUAUUUCAAAGAUAAGGACAAAAUUAGGAAAAACUCCAAAGAUGAUCUGAUGGUUUUCUACGUCCGUGCCUCCCCAUGUGGUGAAACAUGUACCAACCCAAACAACGAUCGGAAUAUUCUCAGUAAAUUACAAGCAAUAACGAACUGGACGAAUUAUGUUGUUGUGUUUUCAGAUGUAUUUAGACCUGAUGAUAAGAAUAAUAAUCAGGAUCGUGUGAAUGAACUGCGUGGAUCACUUGAGAGGCUUGGGGACGCAAUCGCAGAUCAAGGGCCAAAGGUCAAAGAUAAAAGGUCAAAUGGUCUCCAGCAUAUAUUCCGAUGCUACAGGCAGCCAGAAAUGGAUGAAAUGAAGUGUCUUAUCUGCAAUACCAAUGGUGCUGUAGCACAUAAAUGUAUUUUAGGUGGUUAGCAACCAUGGGGAGAAAGAGAAUAAGACCAAGAGGAAGAGUAACAUGCAUCCAUGUUUAACUUUAAAUGUGUGUGUUCGUCACAGCAAGAUUAACAUGUGCUCCUGAAAUCACAGCUGCCAUCGUGCACUCUGGUCAUUCUAGUCCACGAUACUGUCUGCGCCUCUGAUUGUGUCUGUGAACUGAAACACAAACAGUGUGUGUGGAGCGAGUGUAAUCCAUUUAUAGCCUCUGAUACUGUUUCUGAUUAAAGCUUAAUAAACUGCAUUAAAACAUGUCA